AUGUCGGCACUCGUAGUCCGCGAGGAUAGCCCUCAAUCUCUCCGUCUCGCCAAGGAACAGAUCCCCAUUCCGCAACCCGACAAGACGCAGGUUCUGGUGAAAAUCAGCCACGCUGCACAGAACCCAACAGACGUCCAAUCGUUCGAUAACCGCGCGUUUGGCGAUGGCGCUGUCUUGGGUUGUGAUUUUGUCGGCGAAGUGGUCGAAGUCGGCAGCUCCGUGCGACGGUACGCAAAAGGCGAUAUCAUCGCCGGUUUGAUUUGGGGCGGCGAGACUCCGGGUCUAGGUGCCUACAGUGAGUACACCCUAGCCGACGAGAGUGUCUCGUACCCGGUGCCGGGGCGCAAUAUCUCGCGCGAGCAGGCGAGCACCGUGCCCCUGGCUGCCGCGACCGCGUGGCUGGCACUUUUUUUCCAAGGACUGCCUGGGCACCAAUCGCAACCAGCAGAAGGCGUUGGACUCUACGCCAUCCAGCUGGCCACCAUGUACGGAUUGGAGGUCGUCACGACCUGUAGCCCCAAGCACGCAGAAAUGGUGCGCUCGUACGGCGCCCGACACGUCUUCGACUACAAAGAUGAUCUGGUCGUCGAUAAGAUCAAGGAGGUGGCUCCCACACUCAGAUGCGCCUUCGAUACCAUCGGCAAUGCAACAUCAUCACCAACGGCCUCUCGUGCCUUCCAGGCGGAAAUUGGGUCUCUGUGUACAGUGCGACCCGGCAAAGCGAAUACCGAGAAGGUGACAUCCGGGACUCGGGUGACGGAUGUGUUGGUGUGGACCUCCAUCCUCAAGGAUCACACAUAUGGCGAGUUCAAAUGGCCGGCUUCCAAGAGCGACCAUGAACUCUCGGCUGAAUUGUUCGACAAGCUUCCCUCCUGGUUGGAGAGAGGCACACUCAAGCCUAGCCAUCCCAGGUUGCGUCAGGGGUUGGACUCGGUCCCUGAAGGGUUCCAGGAGUAUCGUGAUGGAAAGAUCUCCGGCUAUAAGAUUGUCUAUGCCUUGGACUAA